CUACAUACCACCUUCCCGAUAUUCCUUUCACCGCUCUCCUCUUCUAAAACCAUGUCUGGAUACAACUAUCCUCCUCCUCCCCAGCAACAAGGCGGUAACUAUGGGCCUCCUCCACCACAGUAUGGUGGUGGUGGUGGCUAUGGACAGCAACAGCCUCAGGGUCAGUAUUACAGUCCUCCUCCUCAGCAGGGUGGUUAUUACCAACCAAGCUGCUGUAUAGCCCACCACCACAAACUGUCUACGUUCAACAAGCUCCUCAAAAGCAAGACGAUGGAUGUUGUUUGGGAUGUUUGGCGGCAAUGUGCUUCUGCUGUGCUCUGGAGACGCUGUGUUAAUUGGGAUGAAGCGGUGAGCAGGUCAUAGCCUACAGCGUACAAUACCAAACCUUGGAUCGAAAAGUCAUGCUCAUGAGUAUGCCAUUGAGAAAAAAAAUCUUGAUUCUCCUUCGUUUCUCAAUCUUUCUUCUCUGCACUUCUUUUCCUGUACUCUCCGUCAUACACGUAAUUCUUUUUAAAAUCAAAUAAUUGAAAAACAAACCUUUUUAUCAGCGUUGAUAUGUCGUACUGCCA